AUGAUUAUGAAGCCAGUGGAGGAUAUAUAUCCGAAGUGGGACAAUGUCAACAUCUCUACUGAUCUGGACAACAUGAUAAAAGAUAUCCUCAAUGGACAGCUAAAUGAGAAGUUUUGGGAUGCAACGCCAACUACCAAAUGCGAGAAGGGAAAAUAUGGUGUUGCCGCAUCUGUUGUUCCAAACCAGAGCCCUUCUACUAAGCGGAUAAAAGACAAACAGCCUGCUGAUGGAGGUGAAGCACCUGAUAUGAGCCCUUCUAGUAAGCGAAGAAAAGGCAAACAACCUGAUGAUGGAGGUGAAGCAGCAGAUGUUCUUCCAACUUACAACGUUGCCAUACAUGGGUUAGUUGAGUCGGUCAAAAUCCUCACUGCCAAAAUAGAAGGCAUCGAUGUUAGUUUAGCUGAGUCAUUAGAGGCUAAUAUUGAGGCUAAGGUGGAAGCUAGAAUGCGAGUAUAUGAUUCUGACUUACGAAAGCAGAUUGCAAAAUUGGAGGCACAAAUAACUGAUAUUUUAAACAACAAGGAUGCAAACAUUGCUCGCGGAAAGGUCACCACCUCCAAGGCGUAUGAGGUUGAGGAUGAUGGUGCUUCUAGCAAUGAUUUGUCAUGGAUUGUUCAGAAGAAGAUUAAUUCACAAGAUGGAUUGCCAGUUGAUUGUGUUGUGAAGAAGGAGACAAAAGCUAUGAAGAAAAUGGAUAGCAGCCAGAAUCUUUCGAACAAGGAGGUGGAAAAGACUGAGAAGAAAGCUGAAGUUCCACUAAGAAGAGUGAAGCAAGAGAAGGUCGUCAAGAUACCACAACUAAAUGAUGAUUCUUUAUCGUCAGAAGAUUGUGAACAUCUUUCACUGUGGGAAAAGAGUGUAACUUGUAGGACUGUGUUGGCAGCACUUGUUUCAAACCUGGAGUAG